GGGCGUGCGGCGUGGUCACGUGACCGCGCUCUCGAGUCCGGGCGGCGCGGACGGAGCAGAACGCUGGCAAAGGAGCGCGCGCCAAGUCCCGGUGAAGAAGCUCCGUUAUUGCGGGCGAGACAAGAGGAACUAGACGCAUUACACUGACACACACACAUUCACACGCAUACACACACACACACACACACAUACACACACCCUCACACACACAGGAAAUAGUGGUGGACUUGGAGAGAGGGUCACUCACUCACUCGCUCACUCACUCACCGCCUCCAAACUGUCGCCGAAAAAGGAAGUAAAUCAGCUGAAAUCUCAGCCGCGCGACCGGGAGUUGCCUUUCUUUCUUUUUUCUUUCUUUCUUUCUUGAGUAACUUGUGGAAUUUAUCGAGAGAAACUAAAAAAAACUCGGCCUACCUCUCCGUCUCCGUGUACCUCUUUAUUUUUGUAUCAUUUCAUUCGUUUUUUUAUUAUUUUAUUUUUAUUAUUUUUAUCAUCAUUAUCAUUAAUAAUAAUAUUUGUGCUUGCAGCAGAAUAACGGUGCGUGUGCGUGUGUGUGUGUGCGCGCGCGCAAAACAAUCCCAGCAGUGACAGGAAACAGCAGCAGCAGCAGCAGCAGCUUCUCCCGACGAACACUUGCUCUUCUCCGGCGCCUUCUUUUUUCUGAUCAACCUUAACAUCUUUUUGUUUUUUUGCCUAUUUUCCCCGCGCUAAUACACCGGGGUUUGGGCUGUGAAUUUUCUUGGAAUAUGGUGGGGGAAAUGGAAACGAAGGAGAAGCCGAAACCGAGCCCAGACUAUCUCAUGCAGCUCAUGAACGACAAGAAGCUGAUGAGCAGUCUGCCCAACUUCUGCGGCAUCUUCAACCACCUCGAGCGCCUCCUCGACGAAGAAAUCAGCAGAGUACGAAAAGACAUGUACAAUGACACGUUAAAUGGGAGCACAGAGAAGAGGAGCUCGGAGCUUCCCGACGCCGUGGGUCCAAUUGUACAGCUCCAGGAGAAGCUUUACGUGCCUGUUAAAGAAUAUCCUGAUUUUAAUUUUGUGGGCCGGAUCCUUGGCCCGCGGGGCCUCACAGCUAAGCAGCUGGAGGCUGAGACAGGAUGCAAGAUCAUGGUGAGAGGCAAAGGCUCCAUGAGAGACAAGAAAAAGGAGGAGCAGAACAGGGGCAAGCCCAACUGGGAACACCUGAAUGAAGACCUGCACGUUCUGAUCACGGUAGAAGAUGCUCAGAAUCGUGCUGAGAUCAAGCUCAAACGAGCCGUGGAGGAAGUCAACAAGUUGCUGGUGCCUGCGGCUGAGGGAGAAGACAGUCUGAAGAAGAUGCAGUUGAUGGAACUGGCCAUUCUAAACGGCACCUACAGGGAUGCCAACAUUAAAUCACCUGCCCUUGCCUUCUCUCUUGCAGCGAGUGCCCAGGCCCCUCGCAUCAUCAGCGGACCAGCACCAGUGUUGCCCCAGGCCACCCUGCGCACUCCAGCACCUGCUGGCCCCACCAUCAUGCCACUAAUUCGGCAGAUCCAGACUGUCGUGCCCAACGGUUCGGCCCACGCCCAUGCUGCCGCCACCCUGGUGCCUCCUGGACCGGAGUCAGCUGGCCUGAUUUAUGCCACGCCCUAUGAUUACCCAUACACACUGGCACCAGCCACGUCCAUCCUUGAGUACCCCAUCGACUCCAGUGGCGUGUUAGCAGGUGCAGUGGCAACUAAAGUUCGAAGGCACGAAUUGCGAGUCCAUCCUUACCAAAGGGUAGUGACCACAGACAGAGCCACCACCGGCAACUAACCCCUGACCUUCUGACUUCUCAACUUCACCCAAUGAUGACCUGCCCAUUGCCUGCCUGCAGAUCACUUCUCUGCUCUAAAAAAAAAAAAAAUCACACAUCAAAUGAUUGAACAAUAGAAAAAGCAUUAAACAGCAAUUCACUGCAUUGGCAGUGGACACGCAGCGUCUCUGCACCCGAUCAGUGGACACGCGGCGAAAGCCUGGAAGACGCCCUCCGGUUCAAAAGGUCUGUCGGAAGCGGAGCAUCCUGCCACCGUAGACCUGCACUGAGUCAUUUGUAAGCAAUAAGCAAUAACAGUUUUCCCACUCUGACCUUGAUCCUUUACCCACCAACAUGCUCCACAUCCCCACAACACAUGACAUAUGAUGUUCAGAGCUCCAAUGCAAACACUGAUGCAGUCUUCAAUCAAGAGAGAGAAAGAAAAAAAUGACCCUCAUUGCACUGGCUGUUACCCAGGUGUGACGGUGACACAUCUGUCUAAAUGUAUUAUGUGAUGGUGAGGCAUUAGUGCAUGCACCUUUCUGUCCCUGUACAUUAAGCAGUGUGAUCCGGUGGCAUCACAACCACCGACUUCUCUAAAAACUGAACGAGGGAUCAAUGGGAACUCUGACUCGUAUAUCAUUUAAGAUUUGGCGCAUUCACAUAGGCAGUGCAAAGCGAAUGAUGAACACCAAGGGGCGUGUUUAACAUUUAGCCCAACGAACAUUCGAACACUUUUCAGUGGACGAGUAUUUCCGAGGAUGUAUAAGCCAUGCUUGCCUAUAUGCUGUACAAAUGUAUCAAAUUUGUAUAUAAAUGUUAAAAAAAUACACCACACACACUCUCACACACACACCAAGUCAAAGAACAUAUGUACAGAAAACCUUUAUUAUCCUCCAGUUCAGGGGAACAGAAAGUAUCUAUUUUUACAACUGAAUCUUUUAUACAAUUGUAAAAUAAAUUUUAAAAAAAAGAGAGAAACACUAAACCCUUUAUGUGAAAACAAUCCGGUUUUCUGUAAUUGGAUGUAGAAACGGACGACCAAACCAACCCUUUUCGUUCUUCUGACAGGGAGGGUUGAAACUAUAACACUUAUAAAGUGCCUUAUCGUGGUUCUCAUGGUUUCUUCAAUCCGAAUGUGUCAUCAUUAGUGGCGAAUGAGCAGGCCGGCGCUCGGUGCACACCGCUUCCUCUGAGGACAAAGUUUGUUUUUUCCCCCUUCCUUUUUAACAUAAAUUAGUGAUUACUGAAGAUGUAAUAUUCCACUGGACAUACGUCCAAAAUCUAGUCGUAAUCCUUAAAUCCUCUAAUAGGAAAUGGAAGUUGCCAUAUGAGCUCUUGGAUUAAUUACUAUGCUCCAAGAGCACUGAGUAGCGCUCACGCCUCCAGCCUCAAACAUCUGGAUUAUGCUUUUAAUAUUGUAGCCCAUCCUCCACCUGUGAUCCUUUAAUAAUCUGUGAACUUUCAAGGUGGAUUAUUUUUUGUUUUUGUUCUGCGUUUUCAACUUUAAUAUCUUAAGUCACUGUGAACAGGUAAACAUUGCAAUAUGACUGCAGUUGCACCGACGUCACCGUGGAAGCCGUGUGCACUGCGCAUGCUGGACUGCACCACCAUGUAUGUGGCGUGUGUCCCCCCCAUCCCCAAAUCUUUCUUUACUAUGCAACAAAAUGGCCUCUGAUGUCUUGUGGGGGGUCUUUGAGUCAUUGAACAUGUCUUCCUGUACCAUCCACACUUCACUACCACUUUCUGUUUUCAAUUCUGCAGUAGCGUGAGCCGUAUUAUUGUCGUCAUGAAGGUGUUAAAGGUAUUGAGCCUGCAUUUUGGAAUAAGAUGUACGUCAAAAAGCAUUGCUUCUUAGUAGUUUAAGAUGAUGAAAAAUGGUUUAAUUAUAUAUAUAUAUAUAUAUAUAUAUAUAUAUAUAUAUAUAUAUAUAUAUAUAUAUAUAUAUAUAUAUAUAAAAAUAAGGAAAACAGUUUGAUAGUACCAAUACAGGUUAGAUCACCAUACUAAAUAUCGCAUGAUGUUUCACCCUAGAUAGCAUUUAAACUAUAAAUCUGGUUUGUACUCGUUUGUUUUUUUUUCCUUCAAAUUUUUAUUUCUGUGAUUGUUCUUUAUGAUAGGAGUAAAUAAGUGUAAUUCCACACAUGCAAACAUAAAACUGUUAGAUUCAUGCUGUGUGCCCCUACCCAGGUAUUGCCUAUGAGAAAAUAUGUACGUCUGUAUCAACAGCCAUUGUUACGAGUUUCUACCUUAUUUUUCUAUAUUAUUUUAUAUGUAUGUAAUAAACUACAUUCAAUGCCUUGUCUCA